CAACUAUUCAAAUGGUAGGAAAACAGCUGUUAUAACGUGGGUUGUGACUUCUCAGUUGUGAAACUACAUACCACUAUCAAGUAUAACUGAAAGAACUGUUGCUAUUCAAUGAGUUUGCGUAAAAUAUUUCCACAUUUCACACGAUCUUAUCAAGAUGCUUUAAAUGAAUUGAAUAAGUGUAUUAAAUCAUCAAAUCAUUAUUUAAUAUGCUCAAAUCCAAAGUUUCUAAGACAACAAAGACACGGACUAUCUUCAAUAUAUUGUUAUGCUAUGGGAAUAGAAGAUUGUCAUCUCAAUGAUUUACGUGUUAUACACGUUACAGGCUCGAAAGGAAAAGGUUCAGUUUGUUCAGUGAUUGAAAAUGUUUUACGCCAGUCUGGACUACGUACAGGUUUUUUAAGCUCUCCUCAUCUUGUAAAUAUUGAAGAAAGAAUACGAAUUAACGGAAAGCCUAUAUCUCGUGAUCAUUUUGCAAGUGUGUUUUGGAGUGUACAUGAUACACUUAAAGAAUUCACAAAAAAUUCACCUGAUACACCAGUACCAUCGUUUCUUCAUUAUAUUUUUGUAAUGGCAUGUAAAGCAUUCAUUGAUGAAAAAGUGGAUGUUGGCAUUUUUGAAGUUGGUAUCGGUGGGCGGUAUGAUCAUACGAAUAUUUUUAAGCAACCUUAUGUAACUGUUGUGACAAGUUUGGCGCUUGAGCAUACUGAUAUUCUAGGCGAUAGUAUUGGUGAGAUAGCAUGGAGAAAAGCUGGAAUUUUCAAGCACGGUUCCAGUGCAGUAGUUAGUCAUGACCAGUCGGAGGAGGCAAUGAAUAUAUUUGUCAAAGAAGCUGAACAAGUAGGAUGUCCAUUGUAUAUUGCUCCAAAAUUGGAUGAUGUGCUAGCCGACUGGAGUAUGAUUGAAUCAACUAGGACUAUGUUUAAUAAUACGAAAUUGACAGAUAAUCAAUUAUUAAAUCUUAGUGUCAGUCUGUCUGCUAUCAGUCUUUGGUUUGAAAAGGCAAACAGGAUCAACGGUCCAUGCAAAAGUAUCGGAUUACAACCUACAUUGGUUUUGAAGCCUGAUUCAACUAUUUUAAAAGAUGCUUUAUCUGCCCGUUGGCCAGGUCGUUGGCAAAUUGUAGUCAGAAAGAAUAUAACCUACUUUCUGGAUGGUGCACAUACUGUGGAAAGUUUACAAUCUGCAAUUCGCUGGUUUCAUAGUGAAAGUUUGACCAAGUAUAAUGUUGGGCCUACUGUACGAAUUCUAAUAUUCACUGUAAUUGGACCACGUGAUCCGAAAUCAUUUCUACAAUAUUUAUGGUCCUGCACACCUCCAUUCGACAUGAUCGUGUUUACUAAUCCUCAUGAUGGUCAAUUUGAUAUUCUUCCUAGCAAAGAAUCACAUGAUGAAUUAUGCUUUAAGAUUUGGUCUCAGUUCAAAUCAGAGUUGAACAACACUGACAAGACAUCAUGUCAAUCUGUCGUCAAGCACAUGAAAUCUAUAUCUGAUUUCUUGAAUUGGCUUCAUCAGAAGGCGUAUUUCUCUGUCGAAGAUUUACAGUCGUAUUCGUCUGAUCAAACAAGCAUAUCAGAUAAUCUUGUUGGGAAUAAUGCUGCACACUAUUGUCAUAUAUUUGUCACUGGUAGUUUGUAUAUGGUUGGUCGGAUAUUGAAGGAAAUAAAAGAGCCUGUGUAAAUGCCGCAGUCAUUGUCUGAAAUUUGCAUCAGCAUUUAAUUUACCCUCGCUAUUUUAGGCUUAUUCUCUUGCAUAAUUCAACUUGAAAUAAAUCAGUCGACUGGAACUGUCCAAUAGCGCUUCAUAAUUUCAAUAUAACACUCCCUCCUAUUUCUAGGAAGAAUAUUUCAAGCUUUGAAUGAAUCCAGUGUACAGUAUCUUUGUAAUAAAUCUAUUGAUGAGAAGAUCUGCUUCUUUGAUGUUUUAUUGCAUUUUUGGUGUCUGUUAUUAUCAUUGUCAAUAUUCAAUAGAAAUUGUACAGCCGAUAACUGCUACCUUGUCGUGGUGGUCGGGCUUGAAUACCGUAAUGUCGCAACAUGCUAAACUGACUGGGACCUGCCCCUGCAGGUCUUACCAUGUCAGGAAGGUUGUUUGGAUAUCGGUUAAACUAAAAGCAGUUACCAUGAGGUACAUGGGCUCCAGUAUCCAAUCGGAUCAAAUGGCGUAUAAACCCAUAUGGGUCACCGUCAACCAUGGGAAUGCUGCUCCGCUGCCUUGCGGAUUAGACUCUAAAUCAAAGGCUCGGGGAGUGGUGCCUUAAUAAAACCACCUUCUUCGGUUUGGGCGCCCGGGCAGUAUCUCAGCCGUCACACAAUGAAUUGAAUAAAGCAACAAACAAUCAAUGAAACUUAUUGCGUGCCAUUACACGUGUUGCAAUUUCCUUUUUUCUUCCCUUCUCGAUGAUAGUUAACGAAUACUGUUUGAUCUUGUUAAGCAUGACUGUUUUCCUUCCAGAUGAAGUUCUUUAUCUGUUCUCUACUUAUAUAUAUAUAUUUUUUUUCUUUUGAUCUAUGUUGU